CUUUAGGACCCACCUUGGGAACUCUUAUGUAACUCAAUUAAUUGACGUCUUCUUUGAAGCCUUUUGGCCACCCAACUUUAAAAAAGCAGCACAGACUUUAGUGGAAUCCAUUUAAACAUCGCGCACGGAAAUAUCUAAAUUUCGUUGUUCGAAAGCCAUGGCGUCGAGGGUUUUACUCGGCCGACUUCAAAGCGCCUCCGUGGCCGCUCCAAUGCGCGCUACACGCAGUUUCCACGCAACAGCACGAACGAUGGCCGACGCAACGACUCCCUUACCUGUUCGCAAGCCCGUGGGUGCCUUUCGCGGAGGGCUCUUUGGUUUCCUCCUCGGUUCGACUCUCGCGGGUGCUGGCAUUUACGGCUAUGUCCUACGAGAAUAUAAGGCCUCCAACGAGUUAUUGACGGAGGACAUCUAUGCUCUACAGGCUGCGUGCCAACGACUGAACACGUACGUCGAGCAACUCGAAGAGAAGAUGGACGCCGCGGAAAGGAAAAGGAAGUAAACGGACGACCGGAUAGGUGAUAGGGGUAAUGGUGUAGGAAUAUGGGCAUCGUACAUACAUUUCUCGACACUGGAAGCAACAUGCAAAGGGUUCGCACCUCAAAAGAACAUUAGUUUUUGGUCAGCUAGCGGGGAGUUAAAAGCAUUGAUGGCUAAACUAUACAGUAACAGGAGCACAUUUAUAAUGGUUCUGCAAGACAAUUCUUGAUUUUCUAUUCCCGGAAACCGUACAUUACGCAACAUGUCUACCUCUAUACGCUUGCUCUAUAGCUAUCCAGGCACCUUCUUUGAACUUGGUUCAAUGUUUAGCUUUUUAUCGACUAGUUACACUACAUCUCAACAUAUCCGACAGCUCCCGGAUCUCAGCUCAGGUAGAUUCCGGAGAGGUUCCACUUUUAACCGGUCCGGGCCGCAUGCACUCAUCAACUAUGUUGUGGCCAGAUGUUUCCAAAGUACGACUCGGUGGUCUGACUAAUGAAGCUCCGCCCGGGUAGCGAUUUUCGUAUGUAGGUGCUAUUGAUAUUGGCUGCUCAUCUUGCUUGGUAUCUCGUCGUUGAAUGUAGCUAGCCAAAGCGCGAAAGAGUUUGGACAACCAGUUUUCUUUAUUGUUUGCCAGUCACACAAAUUCUAUCUAUGCAUCAAGCUGAAUAAGUUCCUUAUAAUUUUAUAAUUUUAUAUAACUAAGCUACGAGAAGUAGAAAUGAUACUUG